CGGGCCUCGCCGCCGCGCCGACCAUGUCGGCGGCCAAGGAGAACCCGUGCCGGAAAUUCCAGGCCAACAUCUUCAACAAGAGCAAGUGUCAGAACUGCUUCAAGCCGCGCGAGUCGCAUCUGCUCAACGACGAGGACCUGACGCAGGCAAAACCCAUUUAUGGUGGCUGGCUGCUUUUGGCUCCAGAUGGAACUGACUUUGACAACCCAGUACAUCGGUCUCGGAAAUGGCAGCGGCGGUUCUUCAUCCUCUACGAGCACGGCCUCCUGCGCUACGCCCUGGAUGAGAUGCCUACAACCCUCCCUCAGGGCACCAUCAACAUGAACCAGUGCACAGACGUGGUGGACGGAGAGGGCCGGACAGGCCAGAAGUUCUCCCUGUGCAUUCUGACCCCUGAGAAGGAGCACUUCAUCCGGGCAGAGACCAAGGAGAUUAUCAGCGGGUGGCUAGAGAUGCUCAUGGUCUAUCCCAGGACCAACAAGCAGAACCAGAAGAAGAAGCGGAAAGUGGAGCCUCCCACACCACAGGAGCCAGGGCCAGCCAAGAUGGCUGUCACCACCACCAGCAGCAGCAGCAGCAUCCCCAGUGCUGAGAAAGUCCCCACCACCAAGUCCACACUCUGGCAGGAAGAAAUGAGGGCCAAGGACCAGCCAGACGGGAGCAGCCUGAGUCCAGCUCAAAGCCCCAGCCAGAGCCAGCCUCCAGCUACUAGCACCCUGAGGGAACCUGGGCUGGAGGGCAGAGAUGAGGAGAGCACCAUGAGCAGCGACCGCAUGGACUGUGGGCGCAAAGUCCGGGUGGAAAGUGGCUACUUCUCCCUGGAGAAGACCAAGCAGGACUUGAAGGCCGAGGAGCAGCAGCUGCCCCAGCCAGUCUCCCCUUCCAGCCCCAGCACCCCUAGCAACAGGUAUAGUGACCCCGGACUGCCCUCCCAGGAGCUUGGUCAUCCCCUUCCUUCCUCAGGUCCUCAACCCUACUGUCGAAUGGUCUACAGCAGCUACCUCAGCUCUCUGGACGUGGCCAGCCAGCCUCCUGUUCAUACGGACUCCAGCAGCACUGGGGGGCGGGGAGCAGAGAGACUGGGGUGCACCUUUGCCUUUAAAGCCAGCAGGCAGUAUGCCACCCUGGCCGACGUCCCUAAGGCCAUCAGGAUCAGCCACCGAGAAGCCUUCCAGGUGGAGAGAAGGCGGUUGGAGCAUAGGACUCGGGCCCGGAGCCCUGGCAGGGAAGAGGUGGCCCGUCUGUUUGGCAACGAACGGAGGAGGUCUCAGGUAAUUGAGAAAUUUGAAGCCUUGGACAUUGAGAAGGCAGAGCACAUGGAGACCAACUUGUCAGCCGGGCCCUCACCGUCAGGCGACACUCGCCAGGGCCGUAGUGAGAAGAGGGCAUUCCCCAGGAAGCGGGACCUCCCCAGUGAAGCCCCCACAGCUCCUCUCCCGGACGCCUCCGCCUCCCCCCUGUCUCCACACCGAAGAGCCAAGUCACUGGACAGGAGGUCCAUGGAGUCCUCCCUGACGCCUGACCUGCUGAAUUUCAAGAAAGGCUGGCUGACCAAGCAGGAUGAGGACGGCCAGUGGAAGAAACACUGGUUUGUCCUUGCUGAUCAAAGCCUGAGAUACUACAGGGAUUCGGUGGCCGAGGAGGCAGCUGACUUGGAUGGGGAGAUCAACUUGUCUUCAUGUUACGACGUCACGGAGUAUCCGGUCCAGAGAAACUACGGCUUUCAGAUACACACAAAGGAGGGUGAGUUCACCCUCUCUGCUAUGACAUCUGGAAUCCGGCGGAAUUGGAUCCAGACCAUCAUGAAGCAUGUCCAUCCGACCUCUGCCCCAGAUGUGACCAGCUCCCUGCCGGAGGAGAAAGGCUGCAGCAGUUCCUCCUUCGAGACCUGCCUGAGGCCCAGGGAGAGGCAAGAGGUGGAGCCCAGGGUAACAGACUCGGAGCAGAAGAGGAGCCGCGCUCGGGAGCGCAGACGGGAGGGGCGCUCUAAAACCUUCGACUGGGCCGAGUUCCGCCCCCUGCAGCAGGCCCUGGCGCAGCAGAGGACCAGCACCACGGGGCCGCCCACCGCCCCACCUGAGGCAGAGCCUGGAGAGCUGGAGCGGGAGCGGGUGCGGAGGCGGGAAGAACGCCGCAAGCGCUUUGGUAUGCUGGACACUGUGGACGGGCCAGCUUCUGAUGACACGGCCUUGAGGAUGGAGGUUGAUCGGAGCCCAGGCCUGCCCGUGAUCCCCGACUUCAAGACCCAGAAUGUACAUGUGGAGAUCGAGCAGCGGUGGCAUCAGGUGGAGACCACUCCUCUCCGGGAAGAAAAGCAGGUGCCCAUUGCCCCUCUGCACCUGUCCUCCUCAGAGGACAGAAGUGACCAGCUCUCCACUCACGAGCUGACCUCUCUGCUGGAGAAGGAGUUGGAGCAGAGCCAGAAGGAGGCCUCGGACCUUUUGGAGCAGAACCGAGUCCUGCAGGACCAGCUGAGGGUAGCUCUGGGCCGAGAGCAGAGUGCCCGGGAGGGCUACGUGCUGCAGACUGAAGUGGCCACCUCCCCAUCUGGUGCCUGGCAGAGGCUCCACAGAGUCAACCAAGAUGUGCAGAGGGAGCUGGAGGUGCAGUGCCGGCGCCAGGGGCUGACCACGCAGCAGACCCAGGCCCUGAAGCGCAGCUACGGGGAGGCCAAGGAUGCAGCCCGGCACCACGAGGCCGAGACCCAGAGCCUCCAGGCAAGGCUCAGCAGUGCUGCUGCUGAGCUCACCAUCAAGGAGCAGGCGCUGGCCAAGCUCAAGGGAGACCUGAAGCUGGAGCAGGACAAGGCCCGCGAGCACUGGGAGGAGUGGCAGCACAGCAAGGCCGCGCUGAGCGGUCAGCUCCAGGCCAGCGAGCAGAAGCUCAAGAGCGCCGAGGCCCUGCUGCUGGAGAAGACUCAGGAGCUGCGGGACCUGGAGAUGCAGCAGGUGCUGCAGAGGGACCGGCAGAAGGAGGUGCAGAGACUACAGGAGCGCAUUGCCGACCUCAGCCAGCAGCUCAGUGCUAGCGAGCAGGCCCAGAGGCUGAUGGAGGAGAAGCUGCAGAGGAACUAUGAGCUACUGCUGGAGAGCUGCGAGAAGGAAAAGCAGGCGUUACUGCAGAACCUGAAGGAGGUGGAGGACAAAGCCAGCGCCUACGAGGACCAGCUCCAGGACCAUGAGCAGCAGAUGGAAGUCCUCCAGAAAGAGAAGCUGAGUGCCAACUUCGAGGGCAGUCAGGUGGUGCACCAGCUGGAGGAGCAGCUGCAGGUGAAGGAGGCCAGCAUCCAGACGCUGGCCCAGCAUGUCCAGAGCCUCCGAGACGAACGGGACCUGAUCAAGCAGCGGUUCCAGGAGCUGAUGGAACGCAUCGUCCUGUCGGACGGGGAUGUUGCUGAACUUCAGGAGAAGCUGAGGGGACGAGAGGCCGACUACCAGAGCCUGGAGCACUCCUACAGGAGCGUGGCGAGCCAGCUCCAGGGCAUGCACACUCUGCUGAGAGAGAAGGAGGAAGAGCUGAAGCGCAUCAAGGGAAUGCACGAGAAAGUUCUGGAAAAGAAAGAUCAGGACCUCAAUGAGGCUUUGGUUAAAAUGGUUGCCUUGGGGAGCAGCUUAGAGGAAACAGAAAUGAAGCUCCAGACAAAGGAAGAGAUUUUAAGGAAGGUCGCACAGGCACCUUCAGAGGAAGAGGAGCCGCAGAGCCCCCUGGAAGGAGCGGAGGGCAGAGCCUCACUUUUGGGCCCACAGCUCCAGUCUUUGGGCGCCCCUCCUAGCUUCCCACACGUGAGGCUCGAGGAUGAGGACCCCGGAGCUGCCCCGCGGGAGAAGCACGGGCACAGCAGCCCGAGGAGAGAAGCGAGCAUGACGCCCCCGAAGUCAGAAACGCCUGACAAGGAGGGUCACUUGAAGAACACAGCCAAGUUUGAGCAGGGUGCACCCAGUGUUAAAAGACAAAGAAUUCGGUUCUCCACAAUCCAGUGCCAGAAGUACGCCCACCCCGAUGGGUCUGAGAAGACCUGGGCCAGCAGCACAUCCUCUGACACCAGUCAGGACCGGUCGCCCUCCGAGGAAAGUAUGUCAUCAGAGGCCACCCUCAGCUCGCUCCCUGCCACCAGCGACUCCGACACCUACCUCUCCAUCAUACAUUCCUUGGAGACGAAGCUCUACAUCACAGAGGAGAAGCUGAAAGAUGUGACAGUGAAACUGGAGAGCCAGCAGGGCCAGAGCCAGGAGGCUCUGCUCACGCUGCACCGGCAGUGGGCUGGCACCGAGGCACAGCUACGCGAGCAGCUCCGCGCCAGCCUGCUCCAGGUCGGCGCACUGGCCUCCCAGCUGGAGCAGGAGAAACACGCCAGGGCGAAGAUAGUUGAAAACCACGUAGGGGAGCUUGGCAACUUCCAGGUCAAAAACACUCAGGCCCUGGCUUGCUUAGAAAAUUGCCGAGAACAGCUACGAUCUCUGCCAGGGUCUGGCCAGGAGGAAGCACAGGAGGCAGGAGCAGGCCCCCUCGCCAGUGUGGAGAGCGUGCUGGUCAACGCCAUCCAGGCCCUGCGUCACUGGCCAGCCCCUGCAGACAGCGGGAUCCAGGCUAAGCUUGAGGAAGGGGUUCCCUCGGAGGAAGGGGAAGAGGCCUCGCAGCAGCUGCCUCGCCAGCCUGAGCUGACCGAGCAGCAACAGCUGCAGGUCCUUUCUGAUCAGAUCGCUCUGGAAGCCUCACUGAUCAACCAAAUAGCAGACUCUUUAAAAAACACAACAUCAGAUAUCUCGCACGUUCUCCAUGAGAUUUCUCAGUCAGGAAAGUUGCCCCUGGAGGCUGGAAGUGCCACGGUCUGUCUGGGGGCCCCAGCGGAAACCUGGGCUAAGAAGGUGCUGGUGGAUGGUGAAUUUUGGAGCCAGGUCGAGUCCCUGAGUAAGCACCUGGAGAUGGUUGGGGGCGAGGCAGCCGGCACACCGGGAGGCGGGCAGCAGCGCAUCCCACAAGCCCUGGUCCCUGCCCUGGCAGACGCUACGUGGGUCCGGGCAGAGCUCAGCUUUGCUGUGCAGUCAGUGAGGGAGUCAUUCCACCGCAGGUUGCAGAGCAUCCAGGAGACUCUCCGGGGGACUCAGGCAGCCUUACAGCAGCACAAGCACAUGCUGGGGGAAAUCCUGGGAGCCUACCAAACCCCUGACUUUGAGAGAGUGAUGCAGCAGGUCUCAGAGGCCCUCCGGCUUCCAGCAGGCAUUGCAGAUGGCACCCAGGCACCCUGGGACUUGAGCCUCUUAGGAGAAGAACUGAGUCAUCAAGACACAGCUGGCUCCCAGGAGCCCUUGCACUUGUCCGACCAGAGCUCUGGGGCCCUCGUUGCUAUUCAGGAAGAACUCGCCCUGCAGCUGAAAGAUAAAGCCAGCCUCUUGGGAGAGAUAGCCGCCUCUUUAACUUCUCUCGCCCCUGUGGAAUCGGUAAGAGACUGUCAAAAGCUUCUUCAGGUGUCCCGGAAUCUUUCCUAUAACACUUAUUUUGGAGGCCUUGGUCAGUAUUCUUCAUUAUUAGUUAAAGACGCAAUUAUCCAGGCUCAGGUGUGUUACGCAGCCUGCAAAAUCCGGCUGGAGUAUGAAAAGGAGCUUCAGUGCUACAAGGAGUCCUGUCAGAGCAAGGGCGCCUCCUGCCAGGAGCACGAGCAAGCUGUCGGAGCCCUGCGGGAGGAGUACAAAGAGCUUCUCCGGAAACAGAAGAGCGAGUACCUGGAGGUGAUUGCCAUCGUUCAAAGGGAAAAUGCAGAGCUCAAGGCCCAGGUUGCCCAGCUGGAUCAGCAGCAGAGGUAUCUGGAAGAAGUGGAGAGCAAGCACAGCGAGAACAUGUCUGCAUUGCAGGGGCGGUACGAGGAGGAGAUCAGGUGUGUGGUGGAACAGCUGAGCAGAGCAGAGGACACACUGCAGGCCGAGCACAGUCGUGUGCUGAGCCAGCUGGACGCCUCCCUCAGGGACAGGCAGCACAUGGAGAGGCACCAUGUGGAGCAGGUGCAGACCCUGGAGGACAAGUUCCAGCUCAAGGUCAAAGAGCUGCAGACCAUCCACGAGGAAGAGCUGAGGACCUUGCAGGAGCACUACUCCCAAAACCUGCAGUGCCUGCAGGAAACCCUCUGCCACUGCCAGGGGCAGCCCCCAGGGGCCCUCCUGGCCAGCAGCCCCCACCAGCCCACUUUCUCCACCUGGCCAGCUGACCAGCCCCAGGAUGCUCUGCAGGUGGCCAGUGGGGAGGCCGACUCCAUGACAGGGCUGAGAGAGCGCAUCCAGGAGCUGGAGGCUCAGAUGGACGUCAUGCGGGAGGAGCUGGAGCACAAGGACCUGGAGGGCAAUACGGCCACGUUGCGAGAGAAGUACCAGAAAGACUUUGAGAACCUCAAGGCCACAUGCGAACGAGGGUUUGCAGCGAUGGAGGAGACGCACCAGAAGAAGAUUGAAGAUCUCCAGAGGCAGCACCAGCGGGAACUGGAGAAACUGCGCGAGGAAAAAGACCGUCUCCUGGCCGAGGAGACCGCAGCCACCAUCUCAGCUAUCGAAGCCAUGAAGAAUGCCCACCGGGAGGAGAUGGAGCGCGAGCUGGAGAAGAGCCAGCGGUCCCAGAUCAGCAGCAUCAACUCGGACAUCGAGGCCCUGCGGCGGCAGUACCUGGAGGAGCUGCAGUCGGUGCAGCGGGAGCUGGAGGUGCUCUCGGAGCAGUACUCACAGAAGUGCCUGGAGAACGCCCACCUGGCCCAGGCGCUGGAGGCUGAGCGGCAGGCCCUGCGGCAGUGCCAGCGCGAGAACCAGGAGCUCAAUGCCCAUAACCAGGAGCUGAACAACCGCCUGGCUGCGGAGAUCGCACGGUUACGGACACUGCUGACCCGGAACACUGAUGGGGAGGCUGCUGGCUCGCCUCUCACACAGGGCAAGGAUGCCUACGAGCUAGAGGUCUUACUGCGAGUUAAGGAAUCGGAAAUACAGUACCUGAAACAGGAGAUCAGCUCUCUCAAGGAUGAGCUACAGACGGCAUUGCGGGACAAGAAGUAUGCCAGCGACAAGUACAAGGACAUCUACACGGAGCUCAGCAUCGUGCGGGCGAAGGCCGACUGCGACAUCAGCAGGCUGAAAGAGCAGCUGAAGACAGCCACGGAAGCACUGGGUGAAAAGUCCCCUGAGAGCACCCCUGUGGCCGGAUAUGAUAUAAUGAAAUCCAAAAGCAACCCUGACUUCUUGAAAAAGGACAGAUCCUGUGUCAGUCGGCAACUCAGAAACAUCAGGUCCAAGAGUCUGAAGGAAGGCCUGACGGUGCAGGAACGCUUGAAGCUCUUUGAACCCAGGGACUUGAAGAGAGACUGACUCCCGCUCAGUGUGAGCACAUGCCCUUCCCAGCUGGUGGCUGCACAGCCGAGCGCUCCUUUUCGUCUGUACCUUUGUUUUAUUAUUGUUGUUGUUGUCAUUAUUAACUCUGGGUGUGGACGCAUGAGAGAGGUUUAUGGGUUGUUCACACCAUCCCCUGCUGUGUUGAUUCUGACUUCCUGUUGUCUUUAUCCAAUUUUUUUCCAUGGUAUUCUAAAAUAAGCCAAGCCAUGGGGCUGAGGGCCGUCUGCUUCAGCGGGGUCUGUGUUGGAAUCCCUUCCCACCGCGUCCCCUCACGCACUCGCUGUCAGUAUUAAGGCCCAGCAGCCUGUCAAUAAGCUAGCUCUGUCCUGCCGGGCACGCUGGGCGGAACCGGGUCCAGGUGGCUGUAAGUCUGCUGCGCGAGGUCCAGCCCCUGGGAGGUGGCUUUGCCUGGACCACACCACUGACAACACACUACCCUGCAGGAGAAGCCGGGGGGGGGGGGGGGGCGCGCGCCAAGGGCAUGGCCCGUCGCCGUGACCCCCACUUUUAGCUCGGGAGAAGGCCAGCAUCUGUGUGUUCCGUCAGCGCAGCCUAGAACCACACCCAACAGUUGUGGUGAACUUUCACAGCCUUGAAAAUGUCAAAACAGCCUUUCCUAUUUUUGUUUGUUUUUAUUAAAUCUGGCACAAAACUCCACCCUCUCAUUCCUUCCUCCGCUCGCUCCUUUCUGGGUCACCAACAACCCUGACUUUCCAUAGCUCCUUGGCUUCUUGGCCGGCGACCUGGGGUUUCAGACUGUAGUUGCAAAUAGUGACGAAGUCCCUCGGGGAAUUACUCAAGGGGUAGAGGCUUUGCUUUUGUCACCUGUCUGAAAGAAGCCUAAGUCAAGAAGAAAGUGCAGAGGAUGUCAAAAUCAGACGGAAGUAGCCCAUUAUUUUGCGUUCUGAACUUUAAAUUAAUCUGAGAUCUGAAGAGUUCUUAGUGUUUAGAGAACCUAACGUACACCUAUGCUGAUAAUUCUGCUUUAACAGGUUUAGUAAGAUAUUUCUGCCACAGAGCACUCCACAGCACUUCCUGAGAAGAUCUCAGGUUAGGUCUGUUGUGGCCCCAAGACCUCUGUUCAUCCCAGAUGAGGAGCGCAGGCAAACCCAGUGGGUCAGCUGUGCUUAGAGCCGGGGGCGCUCGAGGGGACGUGUGGGGAGUCGCUCUGGUCAUGCUGCAAUGUCUCACUCUGAUUGCUGGAGUCAGUCUGACAGUCUCUGGGAACACAGAGACGGGGGGGUGCGGUAAACACGUAGCAAUCACCUUGCUCAGCAUCUACAUUUAAUCAGUGAACACGGUCGCUGAGACAGGCCAGACCGAGGCCCCACGUGCUGUCAUCUCACUGGGACAGACUCAGCUCCGCUACGAGCCUGUCCGGCUCCUGAGUCCUGAGAGUCUUACCCCACUUGCGUCACCCCCUUGUUCCUCCUCUUCCACGUGUUUAAAAGCAAGAGAAAGUUAGUUCUGCUCCUCACUGUCCAUAUCAGAUGCCCCUUGACACGUAGAUGGGCAGCGUCUGUCUGAUGGACCGUGUUGUUUUGUGCACAGGAAUGUGGGGGCCCUGUGGUCCAUGCUGUCUCCAGAACAGUGUGCGCACACGUCCAGGGCAGGACGAUGUGAUCUUCAGCAGGCAUGGCAGAUGGGCCUGUCCCCUGGUCUCGGAGGGCUUCCUCCUCAGGCACAGUUUCCUGCAUGAUUGCCCUGCUGCCUCUGGGGACUCUUCUCGGGCAGCCUGCCUCCAGCCCCUGAGGUUUCUGGGCGGGCCGCGCAGGAGUCACACUCCCCUCUGUCCUGAGGCUGCCAUGAGGGUCUGGACUCGCAGGGCUUUGAACAGGUCAGAGCGCAUGUCUUCCACUCCCUGUCCCUGGAGGCUAGGGCUCAGGAAUCCUGGGGAACACAGGUUGAGUGCAGCGUUUGGGGCUUGAGGCAGAGACUGGGGAGGACCUCUUGUCACAGUGGCCUCUGUAACAGACCCUCCUGAUGCUCACUCCACAGACUGGGAGUCGCUUUCUGGGGCUUGUGCAGUCUGCGGGUGACCAGAAAAGUGACUGGGAAUGCUAAGAUGAGUGAGAAACGGGGGCACCCUGGGUCCUCUAACACCAGCUUGGUCCUGCUGCAGCCUCCCAGAGUGUGCUGGCUGCGUGUCCUUCCACAGUGACACCCCCUGCCAGGCUUCCUGCUGCUCAGUCUGUUCUCCACCUGGAGAGAGCAAGCAGGACAGAACGGGGUUUUCAUGCACAGCCUGCGUGUCCCCUCAUGUCCUGCACAGCCUCCGCUACACCCUGUCCUCCGUGGGUUCCCUGCAGGGAAGAGUUUAGCCACCUAACCACCGCCUGAGAAAAGAAACUACCACCAUGUGGAAGCUGUUGGUUCCUUUGUUGUUAGAGAAAGGUCCCCGGGCUGAGCCCUGCAGGGCCAUGAGCACAGGCUGCAGUGUGCGCACCCGCCUUCCGGGGGAGUGCUCCCGGACGGGCUCCUCGCAGUGGGCAUCCCGUGCCCAGCACUGCUCCUUGUGCUCUGCGAGCGCCCAUGGAUAUGCUGUGGUGACCUUGUCGACGGAGAGGACAGUGCGCUGGUCUGGGUCUCGGAGCGCGCACAGCCAGCGUGCAGGCGGACGCAGCACCCCGCCGUAGCUCCUGGUGACCAGGCUGUGUGCGGCCCCUGGCACAGGGUGACAAAAGGGCACUCUGCCGCUAGGGGGGAAGCUUGUGCGAGAAGGUGUCGGAGUCAGUUUGUGGGAGGAAGCCACGGCCAUCCUGGAGUGAUGGGUGGAGGCUUGGUGGGGAUGUGCGGGUUGUCCAGAACCGAGACAGGUGCACACAGGGACGUGGAACUGGUCGUGCCACAGCAUCCUGACCCAGCUGCACGCUGACCCAAAGCUGGGCCUCGGGCCUUGAACAGGUCAGCUCAGGAAGAGGGGCCUGCGGUUUCUAAGACAGCCGUGAGUCUCGGAGUCUGCCUGAGAGAAGUUCAGACACGCAAGGCCUAGAAACAAGACUGAUGGCCAAGAGCACACACUACAGAGACGUGUUUAUGCCAUUUAUUCCCCACAAAGGCAGAUGGAAGGAACACACCUUUCCAGCCUGGGAGGGGAACAGGUCCUUUUCCUCACUGCUGCAGUGGUCCCUUCAGCAAGUCUUUAUAAACUCGCCCUGCGGGUGAAGCGGCCUGGUGCCAGCCCUCCCUGCAGGGCCGGAGGCCGAGCGCAGCCCUGUGACCUCUUUGCUGCAGGUGCAGCCCCGCCAGCCUUAGCCCGUGAGCACUGCGGCAGCCCAGCUGCCCUCUCCAGGGACCAGCUGCCUUUCUCCCGAAGAGGUUUCCUUCCUCCCGCAUUUCUUGUCACUCCCCUGCUUCCUGAGGCCCAGGUCCCUUUGCCUACGCAGCUUCCAGCAGGGCCUGUGGCCUGAUGUGAGGGUGGGGUGGGGGAGGCUUCCCACUCCCAGCCCCUGCAGUGUCUUCAUGGACCCACACUGCCCGCCCCCACCCCCGCCGUCUGUGUGAGGCUCUUCAGUGCAGAGCUGUCUUCAGUCAACACUCGUUUCUCCUGAAAAUAAAAGUGGGUUCAUCAUCGUCCUAAGGAGGCUUGGAACUUCACAUUUUCCUUUAAGACAAUUAAAAACAAAACAAAACACAGGUUCAGUGACACCCCCACCCCCACCAUCGAAAACAAGAGGGGGAAAUUUGAUAUUUUGAAAGUUUUACAAAGGACCAGGAAGUACAUAGCAUUAUACUUAAAAGGAUUAAAUGCUAAAAAACAAAAUUUGGCGCGUGAACCGGGAGCUUUGCCUCACUGAAAAGGUCCAUCAUCAGAACAUCUCUGCCUGGAAACCCGGGGCGCUGUGCUGUGCUGCCCCUCCGCACUGAGCGGACGGUGCUGGUGCCCGUGCGGCCUCCACGGGCCCUCUGAAAGGACUUGCUGGACACGUGCUGCUUCUGAAGACACCUCAUUCCCAUCGUUCAGGGAGGGGGCUGGUCACAGGCCGGGCAGCUAAAGCAUCCCUUUCUUGGUCUGUGCAGACGGAGGACUCGCCAGUCGGUUUUCCUCCAGCAUCACACUUAUAGAUUCACCAUCUGCACGCUCCCCUUUGCUGGCUCUCCCGUGCCUCCAAGUCCCCACAGGUCUGAGCUCAGGAAAGGUCUUUUAUUCACUGAAGGUCAGGUCUAAAUGUCAAGCCCUCCGCUGUUCUCGACACCGAGCCGUGGACACAGUGGGACACUUGCUCCCUCCGCAGCCAGCCAAGUGCACUGGGCCUCACUGCCCUCGGGGACGGUCUGCUUCCCCCAGCAGUGCUGUGCGUUCUCGCACGCUCCAGUGCUCUGGGCAGCUCCUCCUGUACAGCUGAACCUAGACAAGGGUCCGCCUGAAGGGGGUCUGGUAAAACCACUUGUUUUGGGUCCUUUCAUAGGGAACUUGACAUAAACUCAAUAUGGAAACACACACUGUCGAUCUCUCUCAAGUUCUGUCUGCUGGAAAAGACCCAGCUGCACUUGGCCUUGUGAGAACAACUGCUUCAGGUAUUCUUGUUCCUCUGUAAAGGGCAGAGGCCCACUUCUCCGAGGUCUUUCCACAAGAGACUCACAAAGCAGGAAUCGAAGCCCACACGAGACCUUCCCGGUGUGGCAGUGACGAGCCACUUGGACACAUGGCGGGUCCCUUUCCUCUAGGCGUCCACAGGACUGACAGCUGAAGCCGCACUGCUGUGGGGCUCAGGUUUCUCUAUACUUGUCUUGUUCAGAGCGAGCAGUGUGAAUAUGACUCAAGUUAUGUGGGGUUUUUGACCGAGCUUGUGGGCUAAUCGUAAUCAGACAUCCCUUUUUAAGACGGAGAACGAGCAGCUUUGGGUGCAGCCCUGAACCCUACCUAACGUGAAAAGGGAAUGCUUUUAAUGACUUCCUAAAAGCUUUGGUCAUUGAACGGGCAGUUUAAAAAGCCUAUAAACAGUAUCUACAGUAACAAGAACCCUGCACCCAGAUACUGCUUUUCAUUGAGAAAAGUCUGGAAUACUUGUUCUUGGUAGAGCUGUUUGAAAUCCUGGAGGAAAACCAAGAGAAUCAAGGAUGUGGUAGUUACAUCCUGACCAGAUUCUUUCAUAUAGUGAUUUAAGACUGGUAAGGGGCCAGUUUGGGCAUCGGGGUCACACGCUGGGCAGGCUGCAUGAGGGCCCGGCCGUGUCUGGUUCCUGGCUCCUGGGCUGUGACGGUGUGAGGCGGCAGGUGCGUGGCGCGCUCACUAUACCGCACACGUCUCAUUAGAGGGGCGCGGGAGCAGCCAGGCCAAGUACCGAAGAACUGGGCGGGCCAGCACAGGAGGGGUGGCCGUCGGGUAGAGCUCGGUGUCGGGGGCUCCCACGUGCAGUCAGGCAGAGAGGGCUCAUCGGGUGGUCGCCCACCUGCCGCCUCACAUUCCCACCCCCCUUGCUUCCCCUUCACAACCAGUGAUAUCACGUUCUGUUCUGUUUCAUAGAAAGCUAGAAAUAGAGUAAGAACACUAAGUUAUUGUGUUAUGUUUAUGUCAUAAAACUUCCAUUAAAAUGGAUUUUAGGAUUUACCUUUAGUAUUUACAACAUAUCUACUGACUUAUUGUUAGGAUUCAAACCAGUUAAGUGAUAAUUCAUUCAUGUGCUUUUCCUAAGUAAUAUUUAUAAAAUGUAAAGUUUCUAAAUGGUUCCUCAACAAUUAUAAUCAGUGACUUUUCUAUCAGGGUGAAUGUCUCAGUUCAGCUACUAAAGACAAAAACCUACUAAGCCAACUGCUGGGAGACGAACCACGUGAACACGGAUGCAUGUUCUCUGCUUGAGGAAUUUGGGAAUGAGUCACGGCAGUCACUCCUGCCACUGCCAAUUAUUUCCACAGUCAGGGUGACACGUGUUCAAUUUUAACUGGGUUUUAAUUUCUGUACUAAUGCUAAAGGACAGUGUUCACCAGACUGAACGCCACGCAGAAGAAUGCAGAGGCCUCAAGCCAGGUGACUCCUUAGCACGGGGAGGACCCAGCAGAGGCCCGGGGUGUCGUCUGUCAGGCUGCAGGGUCCUCCUGACAGAAGAGCCUGGGCAGGGAACCUGUCUGUUUUGACAAGUCACAAUUUUAUGGUUUAGUUUGAGGCUUUUUUUUUUUUUUUUUAAGUUUCUGAUCAACUGUUCACUACAACUGAAGUAUUACUUUGUCAAAAUAUUUAUUCCUUUGUGUGACAUGCUAGAUUCCUAUGGAUGUGGCUGAUCGUUUCUAUUUUGUAUAUACUACCUAACUUUACAUAAACUAUAUCAUAAUAAACUAUUUUUGCAUCACCCUUUGCACGCUGUGAAUGAGGUUUUGUUUCAUGG